AUGGGUCGCGUCUCAUGUGUUGAUAGGAACCGCUGUAGUCGAGUAAAAGUGCAAAUCAAUGGUUCCAGUGGUGAUAAAAUUGCUACUUCCAAUGGUAUGGUUAACUUCACAAUACGCUCUCUUAAGUCCAGCUUCGAGAUGCAAUGCGUUGCAUUAGUCUUACCUCGAGUGGAAAACAUUACGCCUACAGUGAAAGUCACGUCGGAUGAUUUGGCACAGUUUUGGAAUUUAGAUCUUGCCGAUCCACAAUUUAACGUGCCUCAAGUGAUCGACAUCAUACUUAGUGCUCAAGAUUACGCAGCAGUGCUUUUAAACGGUCUCACGCGUAGCCCUAUUAGUAACUUAGUUGCCCAAAACACGCAACUUGGUUGGGUAGUGUUCGGAGGUAGUUGUAACCGCUCACUUGACGCUGCAAAUAACAUAAUAGAAUGUUACCACACUCAAGUGUAUACGGAUCGAUUACUAAGACGCUUUUGGGAGCUAGAAGAGAUCCGUGAACAUACCUUAACACGGGAUGAAAAAUAUGUAGAAGACUUUUUUCAAAGUACAACUUGUCGCACGAAAGAAGGGCGUUAUGUCGUACGCUUACCGAUGAAACCAGAUGCCGACAUCUCACAGCUCACUUCCACGAAGUAUGAUGCCGUUAAGCUACUCCAACAUUUGCGACGUCGGUUGUCACGAGAUUCAGUCAUGGGCUCUAUGUAUGAGGAGUUCAUGAACGACUACUUGUCGCUUCAACAUAUGGAACUCAUUAACGACAACGCCAUUACUAUUUCUCCGGCCUGCUACCUCCCUCAUCAUGGGGUCUGGAAGGAAUCUAGUACUGCAACAAAACUCCGUGUAGUUUUCAAUGCAUCAAAGAGGUGCUGUAGCGGUAAGUCUCUGAACGAUUGUUUAUUCUCUGGACCUAAAUUGCAGAAUGACUUAACGUCGGUGGUUCUGAAUUGGCGAAGGUAUCGAAUUGCAGUAACAGCCGACAUCGCCAAGAUGUACCGCCAGAUUCUCGUGGACGAACAAGAUUUAGAUCUUAAGCGAAUAGUUUGGCAUUCUGAUUCUCAGGAAAAGCUGUCUCAUUUCCGCCAUAAAACCGUAACAUAUGGCAUGAAUUGUGCACCAUAUUUAGCGAUGAAGGUUCUACAAACGUUAGCUGCAGAUGAGCAGCACAAUUUUCCAGAAGUAACUCAAAUUCUGCUGAACAAAUUUUACGUCGAUGAUGUUUUGACAGGGGGCGAUAGUGUCGUCGAAACUUGCCGACGUCGUGUCGUAUUACAAAAACUUCUUCAAGCAGGCGGUUUUUCCCUACGUAAGUGGAAUUCCAAUUCCAGCGAAGUCCUGAAAACCAUCGAUUCGGACCAUCUGGAAGUUAAACCGUCACAUGAAUUUCAACUAGAGGGAAAAUUCCAUACUCUUGGUCUAGUAUGGGUCACUAAGCAAGAUUGUCUAACAUAUAAACUUACUGGCAUAGACUGCAACGAUAUCCUGCCGGAGGCAUUACAAAAAGAAUGGGUGCAGUACCGAAACGAGCUUAAAGGUAUAACAGCCACACGGAUUCCUUGCUGGCUUCACAUAGGCGAUCAAGAUGAGUCAUACGAAUUGCAUACGUUUGCUGACGCGUCUACACAUGCUUACGCCGCUAUAAUAUAUUUGAAAGUGGUCACAAAAGCUUCCGUACGUAUACAUCUUCUUAUGUCUAAAACACGAGUUGCACCACUUAAGAAGGUAGCAGUUCCUAGACUCGAGUUAUGUGCUACGACUAGCGCGCGACUACUAAGAAAAGUUCAAAGCUCCAUGAAAUUAGCCUCCGUGCCUACCUAUAUGUGGUCAGACUCCACUACAGUAGUUUGGUGGAUAAGAUCAGACCCUGGUAAUCUAAAAGACUUCGUUGCAAAUCAGGUCCAUGAAGUUCAAAAUUUAACAGCUGAAAGCGACUGGAAUUACGUUCGAUCAACAGAUAAUCCAGCCGAUUGCGCCUCAAGAGGACUUAACCCAAUCCAACUGUUAAGUCAUUGUUUGUGGUGGCACGGACCUGAAUGGUUGUCACACUCCUAA